AUGAGUGCUGAAGGGGAGAAGAAAGUGAGGACGUCAGGCGAGCAGUCUUCAGUCGAUUCCUCGAUGACCUCGUCCUCUUCUGGUCCCGUCCUGCCUGUCUCCAAUCUCGCGACAACCCCUGAGCCCCAGGCUGGGUUCCAUCCCGCUUUCUAUGUGAUUACGUGGAUUACGUUGAGCUCAAGUGUUAUCCUCUUCAACAAGAAACUCCUUGAUUCAAAAGAAAACAUUUUCCCAUUCCCGGUCAUUCUCACAACAUGGCAUAUGGCUUUCGCUUCCCUGAUGACCCAGAUCCUGGCACGGACCACCACCUUACUCGACGGUCGCAAGAAGGUCAAGAUGACUGGAAGAGUGUACCUGCGCGCCAUUGUGCCAAUCGGCUUCUUCUUCAGCUUGAGCUUGAUCUGUGGUAACAAGACCUAUAUGUAUCUUAGCGUGGCCUUUAUCCAAAUGCUCAAGGCAACCACCCCCGUCGUAACCCUCCUCGCUACCUGGGCAUUGGGUGUUGCGCCGCCAAACAUGAAAGUCCUCUUCAACGUCUCCUUCAUCGUUAUUGGUGUCGUCAUCGCCACAUUCGGAGAAAUCCAAUUCGUCAUGGUCGGCUUCAUCUAUCAGAUUGCCGGCCUAAUCUUCGAGGCCAUCCGUCUCGUCAUGGUCCAGCGUCUACUCAGCUCGUCGGAGUUUAAGAUGGAUCCCCUUGUCUCGCUUUACUACUUCGCCCCCAUUUGCGCGGUCAUGAAUGGAAUCGUCUCACUCUUCCUGGAAGCGCCAGAUGUGUCUAUGGAUAAUAUCUAUAGAGCUGGUAUCAUUACGCUAAUCAUGAAUGCCAUGGUUGCAUUCCUCCUCAACGUCUCUGUCGUGUUCUUGAUCGGCAGAACCUCCUCCCUUGUCCUCACCCUCUGCGGUGUCCUAAAGGAUGUCCUACUCGUCAGCAUCUCGGCUGCGUACUGGAAGACCCCCGUCACCCCCCUCCAACUCUUCGGCUACAGCAUCGCCCUCGGCGGCAUGGUCUACUACAAACUCGGGGCAGACAAAUUCAAGGAAUACGCCAGCCACGCCAAUCGCACAUGGGCGGAAUAUGGCAGCGCAAACCCCAUCCAGCGCAGGUUGAUUGUUAUCGCAGGCAGCUUUUUGUUUGUAGUGUUAUUGCUAGUUGUGAUGGGGUCACCGAGAGGGUUGGUUCAGGGGAUGAUUUCGGGUGGGGCUAGUCUGGCUGAUGGGUCGCCUAAUGCCUAA